UUUUCUCUUUUUUUUUCUUUUAUUUAGUCACGUUUCCCCCUUCCCUCCAUUUAUUUCUCUAGUUGCUGCCAACCGCAUCCACUAUUUUUUUAAAUUUUUUUUCUUUCUUUCAUUUCCCAGUAUUGACACUUACGUAAAUAUAUGUACAUAUAUUUAUUCAUAUGCGUGCGCCAAACUUUUCUUUCUCUUUUUUUUCAUCUUUUCGAUUUUUUAAAUUCCCUGCCGUUUCAAUUUUUUAUAUAUUUUUCCCCCGCUCGCUCACGUCGAUUUUUAAUCCGUUUCUUCAUUUAA